AUGACGGUCACGGCGCCCUGGGGCCAGCACCGUCAUGGAGAGUCGUCGGCAGGUAGUCUCCGUCAGCAGGCAGUCUUCGUCAGCAGGCAGUCUUCGUCGGCAGGCAGUCUUCGUCAGCAGGCAGUCUUCGUCGGCAGGCAGUCUCCGUCAGCAGGCAGUCUUCGUCAGCAGGCAGUCUUCGUCAGCAGGCAGUCUUCGUCGGCAGGCAGUCUUCGUCAGCAGGCAGUCUUCGUCAGCAGGCAGUCUUCGUCAGCAGGCAGUCUUCGUCGGCAGGCAGUCUUCGUCGGCAGGCAGUCUUCGUCAGCAGGCAGUCUUCGUCAGCAGGCAGUCUUCGUCAGCAGGCAGUCUUCGUCAGCAGGCAGUCUUCGUCAGCAGGCAGUCUUCGUCAGCAGGCAGUCUUCGUCAGCAGGCAGUCUUCGUCAGCAGGCAGUCUCCGUCAGCAGGCAGUCUCCGUCGGCAGGCAGUCUUCGUCGGCAGGCAGUCUUCGUCAGCAGGCAGUCUUCGUCAGAAGGCAGUCUUCGUCGGCAGGUAGUCUUCGUCGGCAGGCAGUCUUCGUCAGCAGGCAGUCUUCGUCAGCAGGCAGUCUUCGUCAGCAGGCAGUCUCCGUCAGCAGGCAGUCUUCGUCAGCAGGCAGUCUUCCUGUACCCAGGCCCACCUGAUGACCCAGGCCCACCUGAUGACCCAGGCCCACCUGAUGACCCAGGCCCACCUGAUGACCCAGGCCCACCUGAUGACCCAGGCCCACCUGAUGACCCAGGCCCACCUGAUGACCCAGGCCCACCUGAUGACCCAGGCCCACCUGAUGACCCAGGCCCACCUGAUGACCCAGGCCCACCUGAUGACCCAGGCCCACCUGAUGACCCAGCCCACCUGAUGACCCAGGCCACCUGA